CCAGCUUUAGAAACAACAGCUGAAUCACAAGGUUUCUGGGGAUUGGUGAACAAUGCUGGAAUAUCGACAUUCGGCGAGACUGGAUGGCUGUCUAUGGAGAAGUAUGAAAAAUUUGUGGAUGUGAACCUCCUUGGGAGUAUACGGACAACGUUGGCAUUUCUUCCCCUUCUAAGGAAAUAUAAGGGACGUAUGGUCUUUAUGUCUAGUAUUAAUGCGUACUGCACUUUGGGGAAUGGCAUUUAUUCUAUGACCAAGGCAGCCAUAGAAAAGUUUUGUGAUUCCUUAAGACUGGAAAUGAAGAAGUUUGGAGUGCUGGUGUGUAUUAUUCAGCCAGGAAAUUAUGCACGCUCAACUAAUAUUCAACCGCCAAUCAAUGCGGAACAGAUCUGGAGUGAACUUAACGAGGAGGAGAAGGCCGUCUACAGUAAAGAGUAUGUGCAAGAACGGGCAGACUUUGUCAACAAAAUACUUAAUGAAGGCUGCACCGCUGGCCAUGAAGUUGUGGAUGCCAUCAUGGAUGCUUUAAUGUCACCCGUGCCCAAGGCACGUUAUUUGGUGGCGAAGCUGAAGGAGAAGCUGUUAGUUUUCAUAUGCACAGCUUUCCCAACUAUGGUGAUGGAUUUGGUUAUGUCCUAUGCACUGAGUAAAGUAAAACUCACAUAGUCCCACGGAGAGAAUACUGAUGCCUGUUUCUGUUCUGUCAAUCAAGUUGGAUCACUUUUGUAAGCAAAUAAUGUACAGUGUGAUCUGAAGCAGCGGUUUUCAAACUAUGGGGUGCAACCCAGUACAGGGUGGUGGAAUGUCAGGCUCUGGGUCUCAUUGCUACAGGGUGACCAGUGGGGGCGCUAAGGCGGCUUCCUGCCUGUCCUAGCACCGCGGACAGCGCUGUGCCCUAGAAGAGGUCAGCAGCAGGCCCGGCUCUUAGGUGUACGGGGGGAGUGCAGAGUGCACAGGGCUCUGUGCACUGCUCCUGUCCUGAGCACUAGCUCCAUACUUCCAUUGCCUGGGAACCUGCUCAGCAUGGUAUGUGGUGCCAGGAGAACAGGAAGUGGCCUUAGCUUCCCCGCUGCACCGCUGACCAUGAGCCACUCAAGGUAAGCCCCGCCUGUCUCAUCCCUGACACCCCCCCCCCCAAAGUUGGAGCCCCCUUCUAGAUCCCAAAGCUCUCAUUCUCUGCUCUACCCGAGAGCCCACACUCUAGUCUAGUCAAAUUAUCUUGGGUCGUGAGCAUCAACAAUUUUCUUCAACUGCGUCAUGAGAAAAAAAAGUUUGAAAACCCCUGAUCUAAAGCCCAUUGAAGUCAAUGGACAGACUUCCAUUGAUGGGAAUGAGCUUUGGAUCAACUUCUAAUACAGGCCUGUAAGUUCUGAAUACCAAAAUGCAUCUGGCAUUGAAUGUAAAAUAAUUAACGUGUUGGAUUCAGGGACAUAGCAUUUUUCCACUUAUCAGGAUAAACCCUCAUGCUGCCGUAUUCCUUGCCUGUUACAUCUACUGCUUUUUAUUUUUUUAUUGACGGGUUCAUAUGAAAGUACCACAAAAUGCUUCCAGGUUAGUUACAAGUAGAGUUUAUCCUAUAGUAGCACUGAUGGAUACAGUAAUGCAGGGAUAAAGAACGCAAUAGCUUUAAGAGUGUGAAACAGUUGUUUAUUGUUUUGUGAGCAGCAGAACUAAGAGUCUUAGGCUAGGAAUGAGAAAUGAGCAUUGGAAUAGGUUUGAAUGGAGUCAGGAGGGUAUGGAAAGCUAGGAAGCCUAAAAUUAAUUAUGAACGCUUAGCUCUAUACCAAUGAAAACAAUGAAAACGGUGAAGUAUUUUAAGCUCACAUAUAUUUUGUUAAAAUCUGUAACAUCAUAGAAAAUGUCAUUUGCUUUG